GCACAAGUUCAUUACAGAUCAACCCCCCCUAGUUGACAUCAUUCUCGCCGUGGCCAUGGCGGGGUUGUCCGAGUCUGAGUCCUAAGCUUUGCCCAAGCUACUGUAAUAAUAAGUAGGAUACUGCUGAUAAAUUGCUUUGCCUCGCCGAUCAACGGCUCGGAUAAGCACGCCUAAACGUACUAUAGAUAUAUUCUUCCUCGCAGAACGGUCAGUUGCAUGGGGUCGCCGAAUGACCAUGAUCAAUAUUGAAGAGAAGCUGAAUCUCACUACGCAUUUCCUCCGAGCAGCAGAUUACCCAUCGUAUCAGCUGAACAAUCAUGUCAUUGUCAAAAGUCAAGCACAUUGUCCUGGUGCUUUCCGGCAAGGGCGGCGUAGGGAAGUCUUCCGUCACGACCCAGCUCGCUUUAUCGCUUUCGCUUGCCGGACACUCGGUCGGCGUCCUCGACGUCGAUCUGACCGGUCCCUCCAUGCCGCGCAUGUUUAAUAUCGAAGAUGCCAAGGUCACACAAGCUCCCGGUGGCUGGUUGCCUGUGCCCGUCCACGCCGCCAACCCGGAUGCCGGCGUCGGCGAGCUACGAUGCAUGAGUUUGGGAUUCCUCCUCCGCGGUCGCGGUGACGCUGUCGUCUGGCGCGGGCCCAAGAAGACCGCCAUGGUCCGCCAGUUCCUCUCCGACGUCCUGUGGGGCGACGUCGACUACUUGCUCAUCGACACCCCUCCAGGUACGUCGGACGAACAUAUAUCCCUUGCUGAAACACUUCUCAAGGAUGCGAGGCCCGGCCAAGUCGCAGGCGCCGUCAUCGUCACAACACCACAGGCAGUUGCCACGGCCGAUGUCAGAAAGGAACUCAACUUCUGUUCUAAAACUGGCAUACCCAUUAUCGGCGUUGUUGAGAACAUGGCUGGAUUCGUUUGCCCCAACUGCGCCGAGUGCACCAACAUAUUUAGCAAAGGGGGAGGUCAAGUCAUGGCACAAGAGUUCAACGUUCGGUUCCUAGACGCUGUGCCCAUCGAUCCUCAAUUUGUCAUGCUGAUCGAGACGGGAUCGCCACCCGUGUACCCCCAGGGCACUAUUGUUCACGGCCAAGACGUGUCCGGUGCCAGUGUGCAGAACCCUCCUGAACCGUCCAAGGAUGCCUCGUUGUUGGCAGAGAAAUACCGGGGCUGCUCCUUGGAGCCAAUAUUUAGAAAGAUUACUCAAGACAUUGUCAGUACAAUCGGCUAAGUGCAGGGCUUGAAAUAAUGGCCUCGACACCAGAUGACGUUUAUAUCUACCUCGUGUCGUAGUCCGACUGCCAGCAAUAUACCGAGGCCUGUACGCGUAAAGCCUUCCA